UUGGAACACCCACUUCCUGUGGAUAGCCGGGGCCCUGUUCAGGAGAUCGCGGGGGUCCCAGCAGUCAGACCCCCUGUGAAAAACCUUGGGGACACGUUGGGGGUGAUGUUUCUUCAUAUUCUAAGUCAGUGUUUCUCAAGUACAGUCCUCAAGUCUUUCACCGGUUAAUUCUGGUCAGUGCAUCCGGCAUCACCACAGUUAUGUCACCUGUGAAAGACUAAGUAAAUCCUGAAAACAUGACCUGCUGAGGGGACUUGAGGAUCGCGCUUGAGAAAGUUGUUCCUUUUGGCCUUCUUGUUUGCAUUGUUUGGUAUGUUCCGUAUGUCGGAGUUAGUGGCCCUUAGCAAAACGGUUGUAAAGGGCUUGGUGGUGGAUGUGCCUUUGGAGGGGGUCACACUCGGCCAUCUUGGUGGGAGCUGGAGAGGGAAUUGGAGGCACUUUAAGAGAAUGGUGGUCAUCGCCUCGGAUAUACUGGUCAUGGUUGAGCUGGAGCAUGGUUGGAGCCCGAGCAUAGCUAUAGAGUGUCAGCGCCGGCAGGAGGACGAGGAGGGCAGCGCUUGCGGGUGAUGUACAUCAGAACCUGCUUCACCAUGAGAGUCCUACUGCUCGUCUGUGUUCAGACCAUACUGAUGGCUUCAGGCAAUUGUCUUCAGUGUAUAACAUGUGCUAAUCAUAGCAAAAUGACACCAGCUGCCUGUCAUGGGCCCAGCCUUCUGUGUGGCGUUAACCAAGUGUGCCUUACUUUUAAUAUGAGCACAUAUCUGAAUCAGGGUAGUGUGUACAGUCGUAGUGAGGUAUAUUACAUUACAAAAUAUUGCUGGGAUUAUAAACAUUGUGAACAAAGUGGCAAAAUAUCAUUCCCAUCUGGUGGAAGAACAUUCAGCACAAGUUGUUGCUCCACAGAUAACUGCACGUCACUUCCAGCAGUUAAUCGUCUUAGGUGUACAACAUGCUUCACAACUGCCCCUACAGAAGUACCUGACUGUCAUGGGCCCAGCCUUCAGUGUGGUGAAGAACAAGUGUGCCUCACUCUGCAUAUGAGCAUAUUCAGUAUUGAGGAUAGCAUUUUCAGUCGUAACAUGAUGUAUUUCGUUGGAAGACAAUGCUGGAAUAAAAAAGACUGUAAUAUUGCGGGCAAAGUAACAUCAGCAUCACUUAAAAUUAUACUCGGCACAGAUUGUUGCUUUUCAGAUGACUGCUGGAUGCAUAUUGCACCAUUGCCACUAGAAAUUAAUACACAUAAUGGACUGGUCUGCCCCGCCCAUGGUACCUUCAAGGAAAACAAUCUUGCCUAUGCCAUUAAGUGCACCGAAUAUGAGGAGUUUUGUUUUCUGUAUGCAACCGCCAAGAAACCACAAGUCUAUACAAUUGGCUGCGCUUCUAUUUCCUAUUGUCAAUUAUUGCAUUUAAUCAACAAAUAUUAUCAUUAUAUACCCAAUUCACAAUAUGCAUAUACAACCUGCAGUAGGGCGCACCUAACAAGUUCUUUACCAGUGGUCAACUCCUUGUUAUGCUGGCAUUGUCGCGGAUCUGUUGACCUGAAAUGUGAAGUGUUUGCAAAAUGUUCUGCAGAAAAUGACGCAUGUGUGACCAUAUUUACAAAGACCUCGUACGGUAUAGGUGGAAAGACAGAAAUGCAGCUCUUUAAAAGAUGUGGAUUUUCAUCGGAGUGUAACAAAGCCGGGAUCAUCACCACUGCUCAGAAGAGCAUAUCCAAAAACACCACCUGCUGUUAUAGCGACCACUGUAUUUCUCCAAUACCAACCUUGCCCUCAGAGAGCAAUAAAACCAAUGGACUCAUCUGUGAAUCCUGCUAUCUUGAAGACUCUGGUAGCUGCUCUGGGAUUAGUAGAAGCAGUGAAAUCUUCAGUGGCUGUGCUCACCCCAGUAUAUGUGAUAGUGGAAAUAUAAAUAUCACUUAUCACCAAACAACCUUUGAAGAAACAAAAACAUGUAGUGUUCCAGCAAAAAGCAGCGAACAUUCUCCUAACAUCCUAUAUGCUUCUGUCAUGUUUGUUAUAUGGUCAAACUCAAUUUACAAACUCGUAACAGAUCGAACAAAUCGUGAGCAGAUGAUGCUGGAAAGUGUGAUGCAACCCCAGUGUCCCCUGGGAUCCCUACCUGAUGUGUUAUUGUGGAGCACAUGGAAAGGAUCAGACAUCAGAACCUGCUUCACCAUGAGACUCCUACUGCUCGCCUGUGUUCAGACCAUACUGAUGGCUUCAGGUUCUUGUCUUCAAUGUGAAAUGUGUCGUUCAUAUGGUGAAUCAGACAAUUGUUACUCAGAAAUGAAGAAUUGCGUAUCUGACCACGUGUGUUUCCUUUUGCGCUUUGAAACACAUGAACUUGAGCAGGAAUUCACCACCUGGGAGGUCAAUAGGCAAUGCUGGAAUCCUUUGGCGUGCUUCACAAGUGGCCAAGUGUCAUCAUCAAAGUACAAAAUACGAUUCGUAACCAGUUGUUGUUUUGAAGACAAUUGUAAGAUCCCCCUCCCGGACUUUCCAGCAGAGAAUACUGCUCAUAAUGGAUUGUUCUGUCCUACCUGCAUUUCCAAUACAAGUAAAUGUGUUCCAAAUAAUUCAAUGAAAUGCGUCGGAGAGGAGACAUGGUGUUUCACGCUAAAUGCGGCUUCGAAACCCACUUUGACAUUCUCUGGAUGCGCCACUCCUAGUUACUGUAGGGUGCAUCCUCUCAUUGGUGAUAAAUUUCGUAAUAAUGAUGACCACAUAAGACCUGUGAAGUUAUCCUGCGUUAUUGCAAACAGGACAAGUUCUUUGCCAGUAGUGAACUUAUUGUUCUGCAAAAAAACCUAUGGGAUCAAUUCCGAAAAGCUUAUGAGAUGUUCCCCAAUAAACGACGCAUGUUUGACUAUACUUGUACAGACCACACAUGGAGCCGUGGUACAUACAGAAUUGACAAAAAGAUGUGGAUUUUUAUCAGAGUGUAACAGUGCGGGGACCAUAACCACCGGCAAGAAGAACAUCUCUAAAAAUACCACCUGCUGCUUUCAUGACAAUUGUAUUUCUCCAAUACCAACCUUGCCUUCACAAAGCAAUGAGACCAAUGGAAUCUUUUGUGAAUCAUGUUAUUAUAAAACAUACGGCAUCUGUAUGGGCCAAGACUACAUUGCUUGUACUGGAAACGCAACCCGGUGUAUUUCCUACGCAACGGAACAGAAAAGUGACGUUUUUACAAGCAGUGAAGUCUUCCACGGAUGUGCCCACCCUGAGUUGUGCGAAAGUGGAAAUAUAACUGGGGUGGAUGGAUAUUUAACCCUUAAGGAGACUGUACUGUGUGGUAUUGCAUCAAAAAUGAGUGUGCAUCGUCCUAACCUGCUAUGCAUUUUUUAUGCUUUAUAUAUUGUAUACAGUUUUAGGCUUUUUUAACUUUUUUUUUCCAUCUCUCUACUGCCCUUUUUAUUUAAUCUAUUCUCUGAGUUACAGUUAGAUAUAGACUUGAUACAAUGGCUUCGAGGAUGUAUGUCUAAGGGGUACAGAGGCGGCAAUCACAAUGGGCCCUGAGGUCUAACCCCUUAAAGGGGUUCUCCAGUGGAAAAAAUGUAUUUAAUCAACUGGUGCCAGAAAGUUAAACAGAUUUGUAAAUUACUUCUAUGUAAAAAUCUAAAUCCUUCCAGUACUUAUCAGCUGCUGUAUGCUCCACAGGAACUUAUUUUCUUUUUGAAU